GCGGGGCCGCAGCGAGGGUAUAUGGCGGUGACACUGUCCGCCCUGGCUGCCAGGCUCUCCCAGUCGGCCGCGGCCAGGUCGUACGGCGUGUUCUGCAAGGGGCUGACCAGAACCCUCCUCAUCUUCUUCGACCUGGCCUGGAAGCUCCGCAUCAACUUCCCGUACCUUUACAUCGUCGCCUCCAUGAUGCUCAACGUGCGGCUGCAGGUCCAUAUUGAGAUCCACUGAUUUGUCACUUGUGCUGCUUGUACUAUUUGGAGUCAAUCGUGUUCUUCUUCAAGCUCGUUCUGCUGUGAAAUAGCAAAGCUAUGCUCAUCUUCUAUAGGAAUAUGAAGAAAGAAUAUUUAAACCUAGAAAGAGUAUUUGAUGGUGGCCAAGAUCGUCACAAGGCAGCAGCAUACUUGGCACACAUACAUUCCGUAUUGAACAACUCUCAAAAUCACAGUGGCAGUUUACAAAAAGAAUUACUUUAUUUUAACAUCAGGAAUUGUUCUCUCUUUAAUAAUAUACCUCCGCCUUACCUUGGCUCAGAAAUGCCUUUGAAUUUGAGUGAAUCAGCAGGGAGAAACUCAAAUGUAGCGGCUUUAUGGAAAGA